AGUACCCCUCCGUGUUCAUAAUUGGGGCCAUGAAGUGUGGCACUUUCACACUGGGCCACUUUCUGCGACAACACCCUGACCUGUAUGUGAUGAAUGAACAGGAGUACUUUGACAAGCGGUUCUUCAAUGAGACAUUCGAGUGGUACAGACGCAGGCAGCCAUACACCACUCACGACCAGAUAGUGAUUGACAAGACAGCCGGCUACUUCUACACGUCAGUGUCCCGCUUCAAGAACUACCAGUCCUUCUUAGUUAGGAGACACAACCGCAGUCUCAGAUACGCCGACAUCCCCGAGUACAUCAGCUGGAGACCCCACUCGCCCGAGGACACCCCCAAACUCAAGUUCAUCCUCAUCGUGUGCGACCCAGUGCACAGGGCAGUGUCACACCACGAGAUGUUUAAGGGCUCUUUUUAAC